AUUAUAAAUGAAGAAAAAAUUAAUGUUUAUCUCCGAUGGGGUUACCCACCGGCGAGCCUCCUCCUCCAUCUUGUUCAAUUACUACAACACCCUACAAUCAGAUAAGUCAACCUAAUUUGGAGAGUAGAUCCUCUGAUGCUCCAUCAUAUGCAUACUCUCACCAAUUCACCCAAUCUAAGUAUUAAUCGUAGGGAAUCUGAGCUGGUUAUAGCGACAAGAACAACCCACAAUGGAAUGCCGGCAAUGAUUUUCAAAGCUAAAGAAUACUAUGGUGUCAUGGCAACUCCAUGUAGAAGAACUAUAGUGGGUAGAUUUAUGAAAUCACAACCCCAAAUCGACACUAUCAGAUCCAGAUUCUCUAAAAAAUUUCCUUUAAAAGGAUUGGUGAAGAUAGGGGUUUAUGAUAACUUCAAUAUAUUCUUCACAUUUACUAACGAUGAAGAUUUCUCUACACUACUGUACAAAAGAGUCAUCAACAUUGAUGGAUUUCAAGUGUGGCUUCAAAAAUGGACCCCGGAUUUCAAGCCAGAGGAAGAUAUUCCGAUUGUACCUGUUUGGGUUCUACUGGCAGGUAAAUCUAAAACCUUGAGACUCAUCACUGAUUCCCUCAGGUCAUAUGAGAAAAUUCAGGGCAAUUGAUAAACAGAGAGAAAAGUUGCUUCAUUAUGGACAAGGACAUUUCUCAGAACAGGAACAACAUUGUCGCAAACUUGCUUCAAGUGAAAAAGGAAGAAUUCCUCAUUUAUUAUUUGGGAUGCCCAUUGUUUACAGGAAAAAAAUUGAAUCAAUACUUUGCUGACAUGGCUUCCAAGAUAAUAAAAGGAGUGGGAGCGUGGCACUAUAAUAAACUAUCAGCUGGAGGUAAAAUAAUUCUUAUUAAGUAUGUUUUAAAUGCGAUACCUGUUCACCUCUUGCCUGUUUGUCAGCCUAUAGAGACAAUCCUUAAACAGAUGGAUAGUAUUUUUGCUAAUUUUUUUGGGGAAGUAAAAAGGGAAAACAAAAAUAUCAUUGGGCUUUCUGGAACAGUAUGUGCUUUCCUACAGAGGAGGGGGUAUUGGUAUCAGGUCCAUCCACGAUAUUUCAGAAAGUUUUGUUGUCAAGUUGUGGUGGCAAUUUAGAACUAAAGACUCCAUAUGGACUAGAUUCAUGAAACAAGUAUUCCAAAAGAAUCCACCGAGUAGCCAGGAAAUAGAGUUAUAAACAUUCCCACAAUUGGAGAAAAAUGAUGAAGAUUAAAGAGAAAGUUGAUCACCUUAUUCAGUGGAGAAUCAACAAAGGUAACUCAAGCUUUUAGUGGGACAACUGGACUUGAAUUGGCAAAUUAGCUGAUUAUGCUGAAGCUUCUACAUCAAUUAGAAUCAAAGUGUCAGAUCACAUACAAAACGGUACUUGGAAUCACAUCAAAAUUGGUCAGACUCUUCCUAUAAAUAUUGUUAACAUCAUUCAGGGGAUUACUAUUAACUCUUCUAAUCUUGAAGAUUUUCCAAUCUGGACUAUUAAUACAGAUGGAAGAUUUCAUAGUAAAUCAGCUUGCGAAACUAUCAGGAGCAAGAAAGACUCAAACUUCUUCAACAAAAUAAUUUGGCACAAAAAAAUUUCUUUUAUAAUUUCCUUUUUUUCUCUGGAAAGUAUUAAGGAAUAAGGUUGCAGUUGAUUUAAAUUUAAUUAAAUUUAAAGUUCAUCUUCCAUCUAGAUGUUUUUGGUAUACUAACUUUGAGCAGGAAGAUGUUGAGCAUCUAUUCCACAAAGGAAAUAUUGCUCAAGAUAUUUGGAGAUAUUAUUGCAGGUUGUUUGGAAUCAAUGAGGGGCAGAAUAGCUCCAAACAUCAAAUUAUAUCUUGGUGGCUAACUUUUGGAAAGAACCCAGUGCAAAAAUUCAUCUAUCAUAUUCUUCCUGGAAUUAUUACUUGGAAAAUUUGGAAGUCGAGAUGCAAAAGCAGAUUUGAAGAUGUCAAAAUGAAUACUACACAUAUCAGGCACCAUAUCAACAAGCAAACUCUUAUUAUAACUCAUAAGUAAUUCAAGAACAUAAACCCAUUUAUGCAAUGGGAAUUGUUUUACACGAUCAUGGAGAAUACCAAGGAUCACAUUGAACAUAUUCCAGUGAGAUGGUCAUGCCCUAAAACUGGUGCAUUGAAGUUAAAUUCAGAUGAGUGUACUAAAGGAAAUCCUGGUCAAAGUGGAGGAGGAGGUGUCAUCCGAGAUGAAAAUGGCUUCACGAAGAUGGCUUAUGGAAAAUCUUUUGGUAUCCAAACUAAUAACAUAGUUGAAGCUUUAUCUCUAGAGAUUGGUCUAAAAUGGUGUGUAACAAAAGGAUUUAGACAAUUAGAAGUGGAAUUGGACUCGAAAUUGUUAGUAGAGUGGAUUAACAAUUCGAGUAAGCCACCCUAGACCAUAUGGAGCUCUCUAACAAGGAUAAAAAAAUUUACUAGAUCAAGUGGAAAGGUGGCAUAUUUCCCAUUGUUUCAGGGAAGGUAAAAAGGUAGCUGAUGGUCUAGCCAACUGGGGAAUGCAAUUCACUGAUAUUCAAUGGAUCUACGACUUUCGACAAUUACCCCGAAAUGUUAGAGGAGCCUUGAACAUGGUUAGAAUGAAUUAUCCCUCUUUUCGAAAAAAAUAUUGUAAGAACUCAUUUUAUAUGGAUAGAAACUUGUAUAGGAACUACACUAUUGAUGUACCUUGAUGAUCCCUCUCGAUGUUGAGGAGAGCAUCUUUAGAUGCCUUUUUGAGAGCUUAUUAGAAAUCCUACUUGUUCCAUAAUAUGGAGAGUGUCCCAUAAUAAGUAGGUACAUGGAGACAGGCCUCCUAUGCUUUGUACAUAUUUGCUUAUAGUAAAAAAUAAUUAGUGUCAAAAAAAAA